AUGGCGUUCGCACGCCCGCUGGCCGCGGCGCUGUUCGUGGGGCGGUGCUCCGCACUGGCCGUCCAGGAUCCAGAGCACGACGACUUCGGCCGAAGGAUACAGCGAGGUGUCGUGGGCGCGACCGCCGACCAUGAUCCGAUGAGCCUCCAGCGGGGCCAGGUGUUCUCGAACGCCACGCUGGAAGACAUGGGAGCCGUGAACACCGAGCACCUCCUCGAGGCCAAGUUGCGGUUGCAGGUGGGGGACUGCCUGAAGAAUGGCGAUGUCAGCGACCACGGCCAUGCGUCUGGCGCCGCCAACCCUGAGGUCUUCAACAGGCCGUGGACCCAUGAUAUGCACAUGAUCCAGGACUCGGAGGAGUGGGGGAAGAAGCCGCCGUACGAUGAGGCCAAGGCUGACCAGAAGGUCAAGGUGGCCUUCCUGAUGUUCGCUAACGACCACAUCGACAACGAGGACACCUGGGCGUACUGGCUGGAGCAGGCAAGCGCAGCCGAUCUGGAGUUUUCCGUGUACGUCCACGCGUACGGCUUGCCUCCCCGGGGAAACUCGACCUGGAAGAGCCCAUCGUUCGCCCCUUAUCUCUUUCAGCAGCAGGUGCGCACAACCUGGUGCCAGAUGUGGGAGGCGCAGAUGCUUCUGCUCGAGAAGGCUGUGUCCGACUCCACGAUCACUCACUUCCUCAUGGUCUCCAGCGACUCGGUGCCAGUGAAGCCGAUGAAAUACAUCUACUCCGAGCUGUCCAGCAGACCCCGCUCGAAGUUCUGUGCCGACGACUACUGGCGCAAGCCGUGGCCCCGUGCCGAGACCUGGUCGGUGCUCCGGCGCGGGGAUGCGGAAUUCUUUGUCGAGAACAAGAAGUUCGGGCACAGUCACUUCCGGCGCGACUGCGAGGAGGAGACGGGGUGGUAUUUCCCCUUGAAGGCCCGCUGGGGCAACUACGGACAAGAGGCCGCUGUCGACAAGGAGUGCAUCAUGUUCACCAACUGGAAGGACGGCGAGAAGGCCUGCAAGGAGGAGUGGUCGAAGAACGCCGACAAGUGCAACUGCCCGCAGCUCCGCAGCGCGGCCACCGAGAGCACGCCGGCCGGCUUCAAGCACCCGGUGAUCUACCACAAGGUCCCAGCGGCAGCCUUCGAUGAGCUCGUGAGGUCUUCCUUUUGGUUCGCCCGUAAGCUCAGCGACGGGGCGCUGGAUUCCAGCCUGAAGGACAUGCUGCACGAGAACUACACCAAGCAGAAGCCGAACGUCACGAAGCACAGGCGCUGGCGCAUCUUCCGCUGA